AUUUGCUAGAUUUGCUCUCCUGAAAAAAAAGGCUCUACAUGCAGCUGCGAAAAUGGGCUGUAUCAGCUCCAAAACGCCACUUGUGGCCUAUGACGGUUCGUUGCGCGUGGACUGGAGCGCGGCAAGCUCUCUGUCUGACCUCGCGCUUUUGGGGAACACGCGGACCUGCUUGGCGCGCAGACUGAUUCUGACAGCACCUUUGGGCGCACUGGACUUCAGCGAGGUGAAUGUUGACGACACCAUUGAAAUGUUACCAAAAUCAAGAAGAGCUCUCACCAUUCAAGAGAUUGCUGCAUUAGCGCGAUCUUCCCUGCAUGGUAUUUCCCAGGUAGUGAAGGACCAUGUGACGAAGCCUACAGCCAUGGCUCAGGGCAGAGUGGCCCACCUGAUAGAGUGGAAAGGCUGGUGUAAGCCCAUAGACACUCCAGCAGCCCUGGAAUCAGACUUCAACUCUUACUCCGACCUCACUGAGGGAGAGCAGGAGGCACGCUUUGCCGCUGGUGUGGCAGAGCAGUUUGCCAUAGCGGAGGCGAAGCUGAGGGCCUGGUCCUCGGUGGACGGCGACGAGUCCAACGAUGACUCAUAUGACGAAGACUUUCUGCCUGCCAACGAGCCCACCACACAGAGCACAGAUGUGUCAUCAUAUCCGCCCUACUUGAAGGACCUGAUCCACAGCCAGCUUUGCCAACACCUGGGCCUGCGAGGGCCCUGCUUGGAGGGCGGAGGAGGAGGAGGUGGAGAGGGAGGCGGCAGCGGAGAGGCCUCCCCCACGGCAGGCUCCCCGGACACCCUGUGCUCCAGCCUCUGCAGCCUGGACGAGCACCACCCGCUUCUCCGUGACCUGAGCGGCCACCGCGGCAGCCACUCCUGCAGCGCCGCAGAGCUGGCCGCCAAGAUUCUGUCGGCGCUGCAGGGAGGGGAGGAGCUGCUGCUGGCCCGGCUUCAGAGGGCGGGGCAGAGCGGGCGCAGUGGGGGGGACUGCGGCUUCCACAGCCUGGCUGGGGGGGGAGGGCGGGGCAUCAGGCCCUGUGGGGGUCAGGACUCUCCUUGCUACUCCAUGUCUUACUCUGAGACGUACCUGUCACCCGGCGAGGACGACGACACCCCAUGCAAGGACUAUGAGAGGCCCUUGUGCCAGGUGGAGGCGGAGGGCAACGGAGUGGAGUACGACCCACGCAGGAGGGUCUCCGACGUGGCGUCCUCUGGGGUUGUGUCGCUCGAUGAGGAGGAUGAAGAGGAGGAGGAGAGGGCAGAAGAGCCAAACAACCAAUGACUCCUCUCAUCUCACCUCAGUGUUUAAUCCCUCCAAGCUCAUUGGAGGGUUUUCUGUUUUGCAACAACUCCCCCUCUCCACCAUGGCGUCUGAAAAGUUUGAACCGUGGUUAUGCUGUUCCCCCCCUCUGACUGAAGCAUAAAUCAUCCGUCUUUGCCUUACUUGCAGCAUUUCAACUCCCCCUUUCCAUCUCGUGACUGCUUCCCCGUUUGAUGUGUCAACUCUAUUUUCUCUGAAGGCGUCCAAACAAUCUUUUUUAUCAGUGUGAAAAGUGCUGGACCUGCUAGUCCACUGACGUACGCGCGCAGUUUCCGUCCCUACCUGGGAAGCGCCUCUAAAGACGGACGCCACCAACAAGGCAGACAGAAUGACUGAGUCCAAAACUCUGACUUAUCUUUGCAUGUGUUUUGCAAGUUCUGAAAUCGAUGGGCUGACCCGGUCUUGAGCACGGUUUGCAAUCUCAGCUGUUCUGUAUAACCCCGCCCACUUCCCCAGCGUCUCCAAUGGGAGAGAGGGUGACACCGCAUCCUGGGACCCUCCCCUUAGCUCCCUCUCCUUCCCUUUCCCCCUCCUUUGCAAGAGACAAAAUAGCAUCCUUUCGGGCAUGGCUUGCUGAGUAUGCCAAACUAUUUAACCCUGUCACUACCAAUUAUGAGCAAAUGCUGGAAUGUCUUCAAAGUGACAGGGCAUAGUAUGUAUUUUAAAAUAACAAAGUUUAAAAAAGAAAAAAGAUUUGUCACAAAUGAUAUAACAGAAAUGAUAUGCUUUUAUUGUACUAGUUUUCUAUCACUCAAACAUGUUGUUGUUCACAUUAUUCCAAACGUCAUUAUGAUGGACAUCUGCCAUAAUGAUCUAACUAUAGCUACUGGAUAUUUUUGAGGUUCUGUGGAUUCCUGCAUGGAAGACACGACAAGUUUGGUUGUCUUAAAAAAAACGACACAGCAGCGACGACAACAAACACUCGACAGAAUGUUCCAGAAGUGACCCUUCGGUUGAUAGGUGUUGGGCAGAAAGUGGCGCAGGUGGAGAAGACAGAAGUUUUUUCUGUCAAGAGAUGAGUUGCAUCGGAGAUUUUCUAUAUUUUUGUAUGCGUUGUCUUGCUUUGAUCUCUUUGCCUAUGCGGCGUGCCAGUGUAUGUGAUUUUUUGCACGAAGCUAAUGUGGCUGUAGAUUUCUCCUUUUCUUCGUUAUCACUGUGUGAUAUAGUUUACUGGAAAAAAAACAACAAUACAAAUGUGAACUUUUUAUUUUGUUUUUUAUUUCAAAAGAGGAUACUGUGAUACAGUUUGUUAUUGCAUUUGUCAUGAUCCUCAUGAAGAGCUUGAUUUCUUUUCUCUCCAAAUAUUUCAAAAAUGCUCUUCUUUCUUUCCUCGCAUACUGUCUCCUGAAAAGCUUUGCCUUUUAUUCUAUACUUUCCCUUUUUUUUUAUGAUAUUUGCAAAAUAGCAUGUUUAUGUGACACAUGCAGAAACUCCCAUCUCCAUUGCGGUAUGAGGAGUCCUGUUGAGGUUCUCCCAGAGGGUCAUUCAUACAACUCAGGAAAUCCCAUUGGACCAGAGCAUCAAUGCAUCCCACCCGCAUGCAUAACACCACACGUCUACCAUCCUCCGUGUUCGCUUGUGUGUGUGCAUUUUUGUGCGUUUGUGUAGAAAAAAACUUGUGUGUAGUUAUUUUCUACAAUGAUGAAAGCACAGAUUCAGUCCCCACAUCCUUCUUUAAAGUUGUUUGACUGAUUAGAAAAGCCUCAAUGUGUGUAUGUUUGAUGUUUUGAGCAAAUGUGUGUGUGUGUGUGUGUGUGUGUGUAUUGUAAGAUGUCAGCAAGCUCCGUAAGCUUGCACUGUAUAUCCAUUCCAAAACCCCUCCAAUGCAGCGAUUCCCUUUAAAACAGUGUCUGGUGUAGCUGAGCUCUCAUUGGAUUGGAUUUUACUGGUGCUGGAGCUUAAAAAAAGAAAAAAAAGAAGCAUGCAGUGCAUAAUUCUGGAAAUUAUUUUGAAAAUACAGACAGCAUGACAUUGCUAAAUCGGACUUCUGAACUAAAAGAAAGUAAAGAGUCCCAGUCAGGAAAGUUGGAAAAGACAGCGACAACUCAGGGGGAACCAUUGAAGCUGUGCCUUUCAUUCAUCACCUCUGACCUCCCAACCUCAUCAUCAUCAUCAUCAUCAUCAUCACAUGUCCAUGCUGUCACUUAGGCCAUAGCUUGGCUUCCUUCUCCUUUUUUAAACGAGCAAGUAAAACCUUUCUAAAACUAUGUGGUUACUUUUUGUCUUUAUCAUGAAAUAAACACAAUUUGUUUUGGAACAAAGCCUUCUACACUGCUCAUAGAUUUGAGAGCAAAACUAUCAACACUGCAAGAUAAAAUGUGUAAAACUGUGAUUAUAAAUGUAUUAUUCCAAAUCAACUUCUGUUUACAAAGCCAAAAGUUUUGCUUUUUAAUCCAAAAGUUUUGCUUGGUGUUGAGCUCAACCUUGUGGGCGGGACCUAGGGUUGUCACGAUACUAAGAUAUUUAACUCGAUACCGAUACUCAGGAAAAUAUUCAAUACUUGAUAAAAACAAAGACUCCAAAAUUUAACAGAAAUAUGUUUAACAAGAAAAAUGCAACAGAACCACAGGUUAAAUAUUUAUAAUAAAAAACAGUUGUGCAAAAAGAAACUGCAACUAUAACAAAGCUUCAGCUCUGAGGUAGUGCAAAAAAUAAAUAAAUACAACAAAAAAUAACAAUUAAAACAAUAUUUUGUAUGCUGUGCAGUAUAUUAGGCAAGCUUGAUAAGUCGUCUUUUCUGUGCUUCAUUCUGUGAAUUUCAAGAGAGAAAAUAACACUUUUCAUCGAUACUUUUGAAAAUGAGUAUCGUAUUGAUACUUUUUUGAGUAUCGAUACUUUUGACAACCCUAGAGGGACCUAUGCUGAAAAAUGUAAUUCAUGUCUUGAUUCAGUCUUGAUCAGAGGGACAUUAGUGAAAGUGAGAGGGAUUUUUGUAACCCAGCUGUCACUCUGAGUGAGACUGGCCAAUAGACAUGCGUAUUGCAACUUUGCAAUCCCAAAUUUAUUUUACUUGCAGCUACUUUUGGUUGCAGUGUUGACUCCCAAAUUCUCAGAUUUUUCAAUCCACGGUGGAACGUUUUUGUCAAAUACCUGUUUUUUUUUUUUUUUGCAUGAUAAAGACAGAGUAACUUCAUAUGAAAUGUGAUUGACAGAGGCACUAAACAUCCCUCUGCACCUUCUGUGUCUGUGGCUGGAGGUUACAGUGGGACGAUUUACGUCAUUGUCCUUUUGCUUGACAUUAAAAGCUGGGCGAUGCUGGUGAGGCGAGGUUGUGCUUUUGUCCUGGCGGGGCGACAAGAGUGUGUGCC